AUCUGAAUUUUAUUUUUCUAAACACAUAUCGAAAUAGGUAAUCUUGAACUUGUUCAAAUUUAUGGCCUUUUACUUUUAAAUCAUUAAUCCAAGGGACAUAGAAAUCAGGAAAUGAAUUGUCAUUUCUCUAAAUUCUUUGGAACUACUUCAUUUCCCGGAAGGAUAAAUCGAUUAAUCACAAUAACAAAAACAAAGUGAAAGACCAAGACUGAGGACUGGAAUUUUAUUUUGGAGAGGAGAGUGCGAGUUUUAACAGUUGUGAAGUUUUUGAGGGGAACCAUGAAUUAAAAUGCUUUAUAGCAAAGCUUGAUCAACUGAUCAAUGCUGAAGAAUAGAAUUGAGGACAUUCAUUUUUGUUGGACAUUGACGGUUAUGUGUAAAAAGAACAGACUCAAAGGCAGUUCAGUCAGUUAUUGAAUUCUCCAGAGUCAUGUGAAUUGCAGAAACUGUGAAUUUAUUCUAUAUAUACAUCACAUGCAUUAUGAGCCAUCCACAGCAGAGUCUACCAAUGGGCAUUGAGGACCAAUUAUCAGAAAAUGCAGCCAUAUCGGCAUUUUCUGUUAUGGACUCUUCGCGCCUGUCCACUUUUGUGAUAUCAAUAUUGCUGAUAGUCUAUGGAAGCUUUAGGUCUCUAAAUUUAGAACAAGAAAAUCGAGAGAAGGAGAAAGACAAGCAGUAUAGUUCAUCCACAGAUGGAGAAAGCAACAUGCAAACCAUUGACACUUGCCAAGCAGCAUUUCUGCCCAUCGGAGCCUCCGCCUCCCUCCUUAUUAUGUUCCUCUUCUUUGAUUCUCUGCAGAUGGUCUUCGCCAUUUGUACAGCAGUCCUUGCGACUGUUGCCUUUGCCUUUCUCCUGUUACCUAUGUGUCAGUACAUCAUACGGCCAUGUUCAACAGGCCAGAAGAUAUCAUUUGGGGUGUGUGGUCGUUUCACAGCAGCAGAGAUUUUGUCCUUUUUCCUGUCAUUUAUGAUUGUUUGUAUUUGGGUCCUAACUGGGCACUGGCUACUUAUGGAUGCCUUGGGCAUGGGGCUGUGUGUGGCGUUUAUUGCACUGGUUAGACUGCCCAGCCUGAAGGUUUCCACCUUGCUGCUGGUUGGCCUUCUGGUAUAUGAUGUGUUCUGGGUGUUUUUCUCCUCAUACCUCUUCAGUGCAAAUGUCAUGGUGAAGGUUGCUACACGACCAGCAGAAAAUCCUGUGGGUCUGUUUGCCAAAAAGCUCCAUUUGACUGGCUUUAUGAGAGAUGCACCGAAGUUAUCAUUGCCGGGAAAACUUGUAUUUCCAAGCCUCCAAAAUUCUAGUCAUUUUUCAAUGUUGGGCUUAGGAGACAUUGUCAUGCCAGGCCUACUCUUAUGCUUUGUGUUGCGGUAUGAUGCUUAUAAGAAAGCACAGACUAAUUCUGUAGAAGCAGGAGUCCCACCUCCUCCAACUUAUGUUCACAAGGUCACCUACUUCCAUUGCUCUCUGAUUGGCUAUUUCUUAGGGUUGCUAACUGCUACAGUGUCAUCUGAAGUAUUUAAGGCUGCCCAGCCAGCUCUCUUGUAUCUCGUGCCGUUCACAUUACUGCCCUUGCUAACUAUGGCAUAUCUGAAGGGAGAUCUAAGGAGAAUGUGGAGUGAACCAUUCAUUGUUCAACAAACACCGAAAAAUUUAGAUGUGUGAUAUUAACAAGUGUUGUAGACAAUCGAAGACUGGAUUUAUCUGAGAAGGGAAAUAACUCCAUAUGAAUUUGUUUUCAAAGGAAAAGAAGGGAUUUCAGUGAUUUUUUACAUAUGGGAAGUUCCCAGGGGAGGAAUCCGGCAACAUUUUGCAGAUCUUUUAGUGCAAUGUUUCUUUUGAUGUGAGGACCCAUGACCUUUUUAUACUAUGAAUUUCCUUUUGGCCAGUGGUUUGAUUUCAUGUUUUUAUUAAAUAGAUGUAUAUCAAAAUGAUCUACUUAUUAUGUGUCAGGAAUGAAAAAUGUAAAUGUGUUUAGAAAAAUUCAGACAAGGAUUCUUGUUGUCAAAUGAUACAUAAAGUUGUAUGUAAUCAUGUUUAUUCUAACUAUGGUGGUACAUUUCCAUUGCCAAAUAUGAAGAUUUUUGUGAGUUGUGUACCAUUAUGAGAAACAGAAGAAUUAACAUGCAUUUUAUGCUUAUAAUAAAAACUGGGCUAGAAGCUCAUUUUUUAAAUUACUUUUUACAAUUAUUUUCUGUCUUUAAAUUCUAGUUUUAGGAAAGGAGACUACAAAUGAAAGUUUACAACCUUUGCAUUAUAAAUCCUCAUAAUUAUUCAAAGCCAUGCAUAUCAACAUUUUGUGAUGAAAGAAAGACAAAAUUGCAAGCAACAAACAUUAUAAUAAUGCCAACAUUUACCAUUUGUCUUGAGUGCUUCCAACAUUUGUAGCAUUAGAAUAUCAGAUUUGUUUUCAUUCUCAUACAUCAUUUAUAUAUACAGUGUAUAUAUAUUUCAAAGAGACUGCAGGAGUUGUUUUUUAUUAUUGAUAGAUAUUAUUUCAGUAGUAAGACAUGGUUGAUGGUGUGAUGACUGUUUACGUGUAAUACUAACAUUCAGAUGUGUUAGCUUUAUAUGUAUUUUGAUCAUAAUGAUAGAUAUUAAACGUUGUAAGAGUGUUGAUAAA